AUGUCGUCAUUUAACAACUCUUAUCUCAAAACAGAUCGUCGUUCAUCUAUGGCAGAAAGAAGACCUUCAAACUUAUCCAAUUAUAACAAACCCUUUAUUAAUAUCCCACAAUUAGCAUGUUUAGAGUUGCCUCCUCCUGACUAUACUCCUGAUAAUUGUGAUGUUUUAAUUAUUGGCACUGGUUUGGUUGAAAGUAUCUUAGCAGCUGCCCUAGCAUGGCAGGGUUCCAAUGUAUUACAUAUAGACUCGAAUCCUUAUUAUGGAGAUACAAACUCUACUCUAACAAUAGACCAAAUAAAAGACUGGGUUAAAAACAAUACAUCCUUGGGUUAUAAAAAUUUUAAAAAUGCAAGAUUAUAUAUUCCAAGACCCACUCAAUUAAUCUCAAAAAAUUAUGGCAUCGAUUUGAAUCAAAAAUUAUUAUUCUGUAAAAGUGAUUUAUUAUCUUUACUAUUGAAAUCAAGAGUUUUUAAAUAUUUGGAGUUUCAAUCUUUAUCUCAAUUUCAUACUUUUGAAAACGAUAAUUUCGAGAAAAUCAUAAAUUCAAAACAACAAAUUUUUGUAAAUAAUACUUUACCUUUAAAAAUAAAAAGAAAUUUAAUGAAAUUUCUAAAAUUCAUUAUAAACAACAACAGCAAUAAUAUAUGGUUUCCAUAUAAGAAAAAACCAAUUUCUUUAUUUUUAAAAGAAGUUUUCCAUCUAGAAACAGCUCAAAUUAAUGAAUUCAUAUUUGCAAUCGGUUUAUGUUUUUCCUCAAAUUUGAACACCCCUGAAGCUUUGCAAAGGAUUAAACGAUAUAUUAUCUCUUUUGACGUAUAUGGAAAUUUCCCAGUUUUAUACACCAAGUAUGGUGGGCCUGGUGAAGUUUCUCAAGGAUUUUGUAGAUCUGCGGCAGUUGCCGGUACUACUUAUAAGUUGAAUACCUCAUUAGUAGCUUAUGAUCCAAUAAAAAAAAUGGCUAAAUUGAGUGAUGAUUCAUUAAUUACAAUCAAUGAGAAAAUUGUUAUUUCACCAACUCAAAUUCCAAACUUUUUAGAAGAAUAUCAACCAAAGCAAAAGUAUGAAGUGUCCAGGUUAAUAACUAUCGUUAAUAGUGAUUGUAAAGAAUGGAUGGCAGAAAAUGAGAGUGCAUGUGUUGUUGUGUUUCCAGAAAACUCAUUGCCUUCUUUCAACAAGUAUGCUGUGCAAGUUGUGAUAAUGGGCGAAGGUUCUGAAAUUGUACCCAAAAAUCAGUGUGCAUGGUUUUUGUCAACAAUUGAAAGAGGAUCCAAGGGUAAAAUUGAUUUAGAAUCUGCUUUAUCAUGUUUAGAACAAAAUUUAUUACGAGAAUCCAAAUUCAAUGCUGAUGAUAUUGGUAUGGAAUAUAUUGGAAUUGGAAAUGGAAAUGGAAUGGGAUACGAAAUGUACAAUAGUCUAAAAUUGGGAUCAAGCUUGAUGAAUUUUGUUCCAGAGGAAAAAUUAACGUAUUUACUAAAAUUUUAUUUUACUCAAAAAACCUCAGUUCCACCAUUUGGAGUUGUAAAUCCCAAGAUAUUCAAUGAAGGCGAGAAUGAACAUGACAAUAUUAUAUUUAACAGUAUGCCAUCCAGUGAAUUAUCCUAUGAUGGAGUUGUUACAGAAGCCAAAGUCUUGUAUGAAAAGAUAACUGGGUCAGAUGAUGAUUUCUUUGAUAUUGACUUUGAAGAUGAAAAUGAAAAUGAAAAUGAGUUUGGUGGAAAUGAUUAUGAGUAUAAUAGUGUUCUUGACGAUAAUGCCGAAAUGGAUGAGUUUUAUCUAGAUCAAGAUGAGUAUUAG